AUGUCCCAGCUGCUUCAUGUGGAGAUCCCAAACUUUGGAGCCACCGUUCUGGGCUCCUUGAACGAGCAGCGUCUGCUCGGACACUACUGCGAUGUGUCCAUCCUGGUCAAAGGUCAGGCCUUUAAAGCCCACCGGGCCGUGCUGGCGGCCAGCAGCCUGUACUUCCGGGACCUCUUCAGCACUUCCACCAAAACCCAGUUCGAGCUGCCCUCCUCCGUCACUCCUGCUUGUUUUGAGCAGAUCCUGUCCUUCUGCUACACAGGGAAGCUGACCAUGGCUGCCAGCGAACAGCUGGUGGUCAUGUACACAGCUGGCUACCUCCAAAUUCAACAUAUUGUUGAAAAGGGUAUGGACCUUAUGUUCAAUAAGGCAAACUCACCUCACUGUGACUCACAGACCGCCGGCACUUUAGAGGAGACCAGCUCGGAGCCUCAGAGCCCCAGCAACCACAGCACUGGUUUCACUUUGGCCUCACUCAUGGCCAACCCUGGAUGGACACAGUCGCUCAUUUUUCCUCAACGUAAGAUCAAGACAGAGGCCGGAGAGCCCACUCCGCUCAGCGUCCCGUCCACACAGAGUCAGAAGAUGUCCUCAGAGCUGGGCAGCCGCUUGGCCAGAGCCAGCUCUCUCUUCUACACCACCAGUGGAGGCGCCGCCAUACCCGGGCUGCCCCCGUUCCUCCUGCAGGGGAUCUCCACGGCCGGGGCAGAGCGCCUGAGUCCAGGGGCCUCCAGUCUGCCCACCACCGACAGCCCCACGUCCUAUCAGAACGAAGACGAGGAGUUCGAGGAAGAGCCAUACGACGGGAUGGCGGACGAGCCCUUCAGCCUCUACGGCCGCUCGGUCAACUCAUACAACCUCCAGGACAAGCCUGAAAUGGCUGCGGUGCCCUUGGCCCUGGAGAACCGCAACUGUGUCCUGAUCCGCAGGGACCUGGUGGCUCUGCCCGCCAGCCUCAUCAGCCAGAUCGGCUACCGCUGCCACCCCAAGCUCUACACCGAGGGCGACCCGGGGGAGAAGCUGGAGCUCGUGGCAGGUACACAAGUGUUCAUGACGCGUGGGCAGCUGAUGAACUGCCAUCUCUGUGCUGGAAUCAAACAUAAAGUCUUGCUCCGUAGACUUCUGGCCACAUUUUUCGAUCGAAACACUCUAGCCAAUAGCUGUGGGACAGGAAUCCGAUCCUCCACGAGUGACCCGAGUCGAAAGCCCCUGGACAGCAGGGUCCUCAACGCUGUCAAACUCUACUGUCAGAAUUUCAACCCUAACUUCAAAGAAAGUGAAAUGAACGUGAUCGCUGCUGACAUGUGCACCAACGCUCGCCGCGUCCGGAAGCGGUGGUUGCCCAAGAUCAAGUCCAUGCUUCCGGACGGGAUGGAGGUGUACCGCGCCGGGAUGGGCAUGACCACCGCCCUGGGCCUGGGCCUGGCUCUGGGUGCGGCUCAACAGAACGUACAACUUCCCUUUGACCCCGACUUCAAAACUUUAGAGCAACGCUUGUACCCGGAGCGCAGCGACCCCCUGAGGACUCACGCCGGUCUGCCCGAGGGCGGCUCUGGUUCCGGAGGCGGCGAGGAAGCAGAGCCUGAAGCUAACGGCGUGAACGGGGAGCACGACGCGGACGAGGAGGCGCCGGUCGAGGCUAACGGGUCACUGGGAGCUCCGGCUAUAGCUAACAACGUCCAAGCAAGCAGUGGCGCUGACGUGACCUCCAAGCAGCAGCAAGUAGAAGGCUUCGGGCAGAGUCUGAGAGUGAAUGUACAGUGA